AUGUGUAGGCAGAAGUUCCAACCAUUCACCCUAAAAGGUUUUCCUUUGUCGGAACUCUAUGAAACACUGGGUAACACUAGGGUCAUCGAGAGUAUAUUGCAACCAUCCGAGGAUGAGGUAAUUAUGCUUGCUGAAGUCAUGGAAAGGAAUGAAGAGGAAGAUAUCGGUGAUAUCAUUCCUGAAAAUUGGACGAGGCAUUUAGUUGAGGAAAAGAAGCUGAUAUUCUGGAAAGAGAUAUGCAAGAUCGAUGUUGAUGCCCGAGAUAAUAAAGAGUGGGUAAACCAUCCUGCAGAGGCUAAGAAUAAUGUGGGGACGGAGAAGGCGGCGCCUCUUGGAUUGGAGGAACAGCUUCAGAGCUUGCAGAAGAGUGGAGAGAAACUUGAAAGUCUGGUGAAAACUGAGAAAGCAAGGAAGCAGAAACAGCCGAAGAAGAAACAACCGAAGCAGAAGCCAAAGAAGAAGCAGGAGCCGGAGCAGAAGGAGCCAGAGCAGAAGGAAGCAGAGCAGAAGGAGGCGGAGCAGAAGGAGGCGGAGCAGAAGGUGGCGGAGCAGAAAGAGCCGGAGAUGAAUGAGGCGGAGCUGAAAGAGGCGAAGCAGCUUGUAGCUCGAUCUCCGUACCUGCUUAGAAGUAAAGAGGUAGAACCAGACGGUGCUGACGUUGUGAACGCAGAAGUGGGUGCAGGUAAACGGAAACAAGAGCAAUCGAAGCUAGGGCCAAACACAAGGCAGAGACGUUAA